UCUCUUUGCCCGUCCAUUUAUUUAUUUAUUUAUUUAGCUUUUACUACAAUACAUAAAAUACUAAUAUAAAAAUAGUCAGUAUAAAAACCAAUUAUUUAACUUGGCAAAAAGCAUGCUAUCAUUAUAAUAUAAUAUACAUGAAAAUACAUGCAUUUAGCUUAAAAAAAAAAAAAAAAAGUUUGAAACCCCUUGCUGUAAAUUACAAUUUGAGGUUUUGUGCUGGAGUGAAGUGUAGUUGCGCCACGUGACCUACAGGGGGCGCUUAUUCCCGACUCUACGACUCCUCAGCUGUUUGCUACUGUUUUUCUAAAUCGAGCUACUUGACUUGAACGAUGAUCACCGCGUUCUCACGAACUCCGUGAGGAUUAUCAAAACAAUGAGAUGAAUGCCACUUUUACCGGUUUAACUACGGAAAUAUGAUGAAUUAAAUGCAAGAGGGUGAUUCUGAAAUUGAAGCUUCUGUGAAGUCUGUGAAUAUAAUGGGAUUUACGAACACCUAGUUAAUUCAUUAAUCACCGCUGGUCAAACUUGCUUAAGGUGAAGGAGAUAACUGUUUAACAGAAGAUGUUAUAAUGGGGCUUUCUCUUUGGAUCCUGCUCUUUUUGCUACACUUCAAUGAGGGAAUUCACGGGGUACGGUUCACCAAAAACCCUUCCAACCAAACGGUGACUCAGGGUAACAUGGCUCGUCUAGGCUGUGCCUUUGAGGGUUUGAGUGAACCAGAGAUCAUCUGGAUGAAGGAUGGAGAGAAGAUCUACAGCACUGAUCAGAUGUACAUCACACUGGAUGCACAUCACUGGGAGACCUUCUACAGUGUUAAAUCCGUGCAGCAACAAGAUGCUGGGAAGUACUGGUGUGAAGUUGAAUAUCACGGCACAAUCAUUUCCUCUGAGCCUGCUUGGAUUACAGUAGAAGGUGUGCCUCAUUUUGUGGUGGAACCUGAGGAUGUAGCUACAUUUGCAGGGGAGCCCUUCAACCUGACGUGUGCUGCCUCAGGUCCUCCAGAACCUGUGGAGGUGUUGUGGUGGCUGGGAGAUGAACAGAAGGGUGAUUUCACACCCUCCCCCUCAGUUCUCUUUGUUAAAGGUGUGAAUGACAGUAUAAAGUUUUACUGUGAGGCCAAGAACACUCGAGGCAUCUCCGUGUCACGCACAGGCACAGUCCACAUUAAAGUCCGUCCUGAUUCGCCCCGGGAUGUCAAGGUACAUCAUGUGUCUGAUCCUAAUAUAACUGUAACAUGGAGUCCAGGUUUCACUGGGCACUCGCAGCUUUCCACCUGCACUAUACAGGUGUCAAAGGGAUCUGGAAAGAAGGUAAAACUUCCUGAUCUGGAUGUUGUAGUUCCUCCCUUCCAGCAUGUGUUUGGUGGGCUCAGCAGUUAUUCGAAUUACAGUGUGAGAAUCCGGUGUGAUAAUGAGGUGGGCUCUUCCCCCUUCUCUCCCUGGGUGGACUUUCACACUCCAGAGGCAGCACCAUCAGCAGCUCCAAAGAACUUUACCUUUGAACUCAGUGAGCAGCAGCUUACUCUGUCCUGGGCGGCAUUGGAACAGGAGGAGCUUCGUGGAAAGUUACUGGCAUAUAAAGUGCAGUGGAACCAUGCAGGAGAGAAUCAGGAUCCCUUACUGUUUAAGGACAACUUUGCCCGUCUCUCGGGUGCAGGGCGAUUCUUUAACGCCACCUUCCAGGUUGCAGCGUGCACAAAGACAGGAUGUGGCCCAUGGAGUCAGCCUGUUCUUGUGAUGCCCAUGUCAGCCACACAGGCUCAGACCCAGAGGGGCCACAUGUGGGUGGGGCUGCUUUUUGGCCUUCUUGUGGCCACCCUGGUGGGACUCCUUUUGAUUGUACUGGUACGCAACAGAGGCAAAGAGACCCAAUUUGGGUCUGCAUUCACAGCUUCAGGGACAGAAGUACCAGUUUCCUUUACAGCUGCCAGGUCCUUCAACAGGCAGUUCCCUGAGCUCCCCGAAUCCACAUUGGACAGUCUAGGAAUCAGCAGUGAUUUGAAGGCCAAGUUACAGGAUGUUCUCAUCUCUGAAAGGCUCUUAACUCUGGGACGAAUGCUUGGAAAAGGUGAGUUUGGCUCUGUGAGAGAAGCUUUUCUCAAAUCAGAGAAUAACUCUGGGCAGAAGGUUGCUGUGAAGGUCCUAAAAACUGACAUUAACUCAUCCAGUGACAUUGAGCAAUGUCUGAAAGAGGCUGCCUAUAUGAAAGACUUCCAUCAUCCCAAUGUCAUUCCUCUUAUUGGUGUGAGUCUGCACAGGAGAGCCCAGCAGCGGUUACCUGUUCCUAUGGUGAUCCUCCCCUUUAUGAAACAUGGAGAUCUCCACACAUUUCUUCUCAUGUCACGCCUCGGAGAUGAACCAUUUUCCCUCUCUCAGCAAAUUCUUAUCCAGUUCAUGCUGGAUAUUGCUCGAGGGAUGGAGUAUCUGAGCAACAAAAACAUCAUCCAUCGGGAUUUGGCUGCUCGCAACUGCAUGCUGAAUGAAAACAUGAGCGUGUGUGUAGCAGAUUUUGGUCUCUCAAAGAAAAUCUACAGUGGCGACUACUAUAGACAAGGGUCUGUCUCGAAGUUGCCUGUGAAGUGGAUCGCUUUGGAAAGCCUUGCAGACAAUGUCUACACAACACAGAGUGAUGUGUGGGCAUUUGGUGUGACCAUGUGGGAGAUCAUGACUAGAGGUCAAACGCCUUACCCAGGGGUGGAGAACUCAGAAAUCUACGAAUAUCUUAUCAAAGGAGAAAGACUCAAGCAGCCUCCGGAUUGCCCUGGUGACAUUUAUGAAAUCAUGCACAGCUGUUGGUCUCCUGUCCCAAAGUGCCGUCCUAGUUUCCAACACCUCAUUGACCAGUUGGAGCUCUUGUGGGCAAAGCUGAAUCCAGCUCCUGUAAAAGAGCCGCUGCUGUAUGUGAACCUGGAGGAAGAGGAUGGAGAACAGGCCUCUGGGCCAGGGGCUGAUGUUGGGACCCGUAGUAGUGAGGAUCCCUCUUGGGGGGUACCGUGGCAGUGCGCAGGAAUAGAGGAAGACGAAAAGGACUGGCUAAUGGUGUCAUCAGGAGCUGCUUUUGCUAUUGGUGGAGACUACCGGUACAUCAUCAGCCCACACGCCAGCGGUAUUGAUGAAGAGAGCAGACACUCUGAUGAUGGUCUGUCGGAAGAUAUCAGGGACGAGGAGGAGGACAUUAUUAUUAAUGUGUGAUUUUUGUUGUUACUUUUGCCCAUGCUUACAUAAUCUCGUAGGUAAUAUGAUUGCAAAAGUUGCAAAGACUCUUGUAAAAGAACAGUGAGUCCGUAAAAACAUUCCUGAGUCGUUUUACUGGUGAAAUUCCAGGAAUAAUACUUAACACAAAGAACUGUUAUCUAUGCUAACACUUGAGGCAUGACGUUGACACAAUCAGCUGUUAAUAUUUUUAGAAACAUGAUUUGAUAAGUUUAUUUCAAUGGUAAUUAUUAAUUAUGGCUGUAGCAAAGCCAGUGUUUCAAUACAUGCAAUGUUUAGAGUUAGAUCUGUGAUUUAUAAUGUGUAAAAUGUUAUUGUUCAUCCUUGUGCAAAUAUGUGUCUUUGCUGGUAUCCUGCCGGCAUUACGUGUUUUUUUUUUUUACGUGUGAAGUGUCAAUCAUGUCCUGAGACUCACAUAUGUGGUGCCUUUGUUUUAUAACAGUUUCUGCACAUUUGUUACAUUACGUAAAGAAAUUCCAUUGGAUUUAUAAUGCAUUCUCUGACAUAAGCUCAGACUGACGGUUUCAUACUUGUACUUAAAAAUUCAAAGUCAAAAUUAUUUUCUGUGCUUGUUGCAUUUAAACCGGAAUAUUAAGUUUACCUGUACAGCAAACCUUCAUUUGAGCAUUCUGAAGAUGGGAUAUCAAGGGACUUUAGGUUUUGUUAUGUGCAAGUUUCAUUUGUCUUAUGCUGUUAAGAUUACUCCAGACAGCAGCAAGCAUUGCAGCACAGAAUGAAAGCUUGUUUUUGCUAAUUGUUUUUGAACCUGUUAAUUGUUGUAGAUGAGUUGUGUGAAUGAUAUCUUCAGCGUUUGUUUUUAAAAUCAGUAGCUUUUGUAUUUUACUUCAUCUGUGGAUGGCUGAAACUAGACCAUGUAACACACAUUGCCAUGUGUUGUGGAUAAUUCUGACACACCAUUCAGUGUUAUUAACCCUUGUAAAGAGGGCUGUCUGCUUAUCUUAAAAUAAUAAAAUAGGGAAAAGAAGAUGAUGUUAGCAUGAAAUACCUGCCAUGAAGAUUAAACUUUAUUCCAGUUAAUUACAACAAACAGAGACUGACUAAAAUGCUAAAAUGGUUUUAUUAUGAUUAGAGCCAUACAGAGUUCAAAAGAGAGUAAACAAUGCCCUUAAUGUAAGUAAGAUGUGGAUAUAUAUAUAUAUAUAUAUAUAUAUUUUUUUUUUUUUUUUUCAGAGUAAAAUAAGUGAGAAUGCUGCACAGAAAUAGUCAUGUCUGAGCUUUACAUGUUGAUCAUUUGGGUGGUGCUUACAACUGUGAACUUGUAGAAUUGUAUUCCAUUUUCAGAAACUGUAAAUAAAACAUCUAUUCUAGACCCAAAUA